CACCGCCAAGUGAGAGAAGAAGAACUUAACAAUCGACAGAAGUACCAACAAUGGAGGUUUCAAUCUACACAAACGCCACUGUACAAAGGCCGUCCUUGCUCAACCAUAACAGCGUCAACAUUGAAGCCGUAGCAGAGCUUGUUCCUGUUGCGCUCCUGGUCACCAUUGCAAAUGGCUUGGUGCUGGUUUUAUUUAAAAAGAAUACCAAGCUCCGAACAGCAUCAAACUAUGUCCUUUUCAGCCUGGCAGUUUGUGACUUCAUGACAGGGAUCAUCAAUAUUCCCCUCUUUAUAAUUGAAUCGCUCACACCAGUUAUUAAGUCGUUUGAGGUUCGAUAUUACAUGGCCAUCCUGCAAUUUCCAAUCAGAGAAAACCGUCGGGAAACACCUUCGUUGCUUUGGAGACCGACAAUCUAUGAUCGUCUUCGACAAGCCGCCCUCGACAAAAAGUGCUUGGUUCUUGUUGUUACUAUGGCCACAAUCUUUCUCCUUUGUUGGUUGCCAUGGUACAUCGUGAUGUUGUUAUACAGAAUAGUGAACGAUGUUAAGGAAUUGGAAAUCCCAGCUCACGUGUUUGUUUUAGUUAGAUAUGCUACUUCUGUUACAAACCCUGUUUUGUAUACACUUUUUAGGCGAGAUUUUCAGACGGCACUGAAAUUUCUCUUUAAGAUCAAGCGAUUCAAACGGCGCUCGAGAGCAAGCGAUGCAGAAACACUUCAAAUAAAACAUCGGCACUGA